AUGGGUGCGGUGAAAAGCAAGUUGUCCAGGUGUUAUAAUUCCGAGUGCGGUUGCUGCGGUUUGAGAAGUGUCGAGUCAUAUGAUCUUAAGGAUUUGCCGCGACCACCUAGAUUGGAUACCUCGAACGAUGUUAUCGACGGAACUCGGCAAGGUGUACUUGCAGUACAGGGAAUCGACUUUUGUAUCGAGAGCAACGGCGAGAAUCAUCAUACAAGCAAAUUCAAUCUUAUGACGAGAGAUGUUGACAGGUGUCUCGUUGUCCGACGAGGCCAAGCUUUUAAAUUGGAUAUCCUCUUAAACAGACCGUACGAUGCUCGGAGAGAUGCUGUUUCUUUUAUAUUUUAUGUCGGAGAUGUCGAGAAGCGUGGGCCGUCUGAUGAUACAUCAGCAGCUGUGCCGUUGUUAGAGAAAGGUACAGAGGCACUGGGUUCGUGGAAUGCAGUGUACGAAGGUCAGAUGGACUCCCACCUGAUCGUGGCUGUGACGCCUUCAGCUGACUGCAUCGUUGCUGCGUGGCGCAUGGAUAUAGAUACAAAACUGAACGGAGGCAGUUCACUCAGCUAUACCCACCCUUUACCAGUUUAUGUACUUUUUAAUCCCUGGUGCUUGAACGACAGUGUCUAUAUGCCAGGUCACAGCCAUCGCGAAGAAUACGUGCAGGAAGACGGUGGACUUAUGUUCCGAGGUGUCCACAAUCGAAUUAAGCCGACCCCGUGGAAUUAUGCACAAUACGAAAAGGAUAUAUUAGAUUGUGCUUUAUAUUUGGUCAGAGAAAUUGGAAAGAUUAAAGGCCGUGCGAGAAGUGAUCCUAUAAGAACAGCUCGAGCUCUCUCUGCUGCAGUAAAUGUGCAAGAUGAUAACGGUGUGCUGUUUGGUAAUUGGGGCACAGACUUAAGUGAUUACAGCGGAGGUACACAUCCGUUGAAAUGGGUCGGAUCACUGGCCAUAUUGCAGAGAUAUUAUCAGAAGAAGAAACCGGUCAAAUAUGCACAGUGUUGGGUGUACGCCGGAGUACUGACUACUAUUUGCAGAGCUUUAGGUAUACCAUGCAGACCAGUGACUGGGUACGACGCAGCACACGACAGCCAAGGCAGCUUGACCAUAGACAUUAUAAAGGACGAGAAUGGGAACACCUUGGAAGAAUUCACUAGAGACUCCGUUUGGAACUACCACGUGUGGAACGAGGUGUGGAUGGAAAGACCAGACUUAGGUCCAGAAUAUGGCGGCUGGCAGGCGAUAGACUCUACACCUCAAGAGACUUCCGAAGACGUCUACCGUUGUGGACCAGCAUCUUUGAGAGCUGUGCGGGAUGCUGAACUGCAAAGGCCGUAUGAUGCAGCUUAUGUAUUCGCUCAAGUUAAUGCUGAUAAGGUUCUGUGGAAAUAUUCUGGGGAAAUUCAACCUUUGAAGUUAAUGGCACGGGAUACAAGUUCUAUAGGUCAAAAUAUUUCAACUAAAGCAAUUGGAAAAAUGGAAAGAGAGGAUAUCACAAAUCUAUACAAAUACCCGGAGCGAACACGCGAAGAGCGCUUAACAAUGGAGAAGGCUUUACGAAAAUCGGAGAGCAUUUUCGCGAGGUAUUAUCUGAACGACGCUUUCAAUGACGUUAUCUUUGAAUUCGAGCUUCGAGACGAUAUCAAGAUUGGACAAGACUUCAGUGUCGUGCUCCACAUGAAGAAUAGAUCAGCAAUCAAUCAACAUAACGUUAAAGGGGUUCUUCGAGUAGAUACUGUCACCUACACAGGUGUCACAGGCGAUGGCGUGAAAAGAGAGGAAUUUGACCUGGUACUUGGACCAGAAGGAAAAGAAAGGAUCUCAUUGCAAGUCACAUUUGAUGAUUACUACAAGAAAUUAGUCGAUCAAGCUUCCUUCAACAUAGCAUGCUUAGCUACAAUUGUUGACAGAAACUUCGAUUACUUCGCGCAAGAUGAUUUCAGAGUUCGUAACCCAGACAUCAAAAUUUCAAUUGAAGAAAAACCUGUCUCUAAACAAGAGAUAACUGUGACUGUUAAAGUGGAAAAUCCAUUGCCAAUACCGUUGAAGAAUGGGAAAUUCUACAUCCAGGGUCCAGGGCUUGAAAAUCAACUUAAAAUUGAGCUUAAUGAGAACGUUCCACCUGGUGAAGUAGCUACAGCGCAAUUCAAGCUAACGCCACCGUGGUCUGGCAAACACCAAAUUUCCGCUAAAUUCGCAUCGAAAGAGAUGCACGAUGUGGACGGUUUUCUGUCGUUCACAGUGGCACCACCAGAAACUAACGGUAUACCUCCCAUUGAUGGAGUUGAAACAAGGCAGAUUUAA